GGAACACAACACAGCAUAGCUUCAUGUGUUUCGCUGUGUUGCUAGGUGACGUUGGGCUAAACGGUUACAUACAGUCUGGAUGUGUCUUUGCAAACUCUGGAGGUAAAAUGUCUGAAAAGGAAGAAGGAGAACAAGGUCCCAACUGCACAUUUUCCACUUAUAUGGCAGAGGGUGACCAACUAUUCCACAAACGAGACUAUGUGAAAGCAAUCGAAAGUUAUACUACGGCAUUGACUUUGCAAACUGGUGAGAAGAACUGCCUCGUUGCUAGAUCCAGAUGCUUUGUGAAGAUGGGGGAUUCAGAGAACGCCUUACGAGACGCAGAAGCUUCCCUCAAAGAAGACAAAGAGUUUUUCAAAGGUUUGUACCAGAAAGCAGAGGCAUUGUACACCAUGGGGGACUUUGAGUUUGCACUGGUCUUUUAUCACAGAGGGCACAAACUCCGCCCUGAGCUGCAAGAGUUCAGACUGGGAAUUCAGAAGGCACAAGAGGCCAUCAACAAUUCAGUGGGCAGUCCCUCCUCUGUCAAACUGGAGAACAAAGGUGAUCUCUCCUUCUGUAAAUCCGAUGAGAGAAAGAAGAGUCGAGCAAAGGGUGUAAUCUAUCCUGUGAAGAAGGAGCACAAGUUGCAUGGCCAGAAGACUCCAAAGACUGAGAAGACAGCCAAGCAGCUGCUAGGAGAGCUGUACAGUGAUAAAGAGUACCUGGAGAAGCUGUUGAAAGAUGAGGACCUGGUAAAAGGAAGGACCAGUGGUGGGGAGCGCUUGCAGGACCUUAUUUUAAGCUGCAUCUCCUAUUUGGACACACGUACAGAGUUCUGGCAGCAGCAGAAACCUAUUUAUGCCCGUCAGCGGGACCGGAAGCUUCUUCAGCAGCAGUGGAACAACACUCGUCCCAAUCCCCUGUCUGAUCCCACACACUACGUUCUUACCAACCUGGACCAAAUCGACACUGGCAAUGCACAGGACACCCUGAAGAGGGCAAGUGAAGUCCUAAAAGUAGUGCAAGGAUGGACAGAGGAAGCUUUGCCCAAUAAGAAGGAGGUGCUGGGAAAUCUACACAGCUGCAUAGGUAAUGCACACAUGGACCUUGAGGAUAUGGAUCAGGCCCUAGACCACCAUCAUAAAGAUCUGGAGUUGGCCAAACAGAGCAAUCGUUUGGAUCUAAAAUCAAGAGCCCUGGACAACAUUGGUCGUGUCUAUGCUCGUAUCGGCAAUUUCCAAAAGGCCAUAGAAGUCUGGGAAGAGAAAGUUCCACUUGUCCAGGAUGGGCUUGAGAGAACCUGGCUGUUCCAUGAGAUUGGACGGUGUUAUCUUGAGCUGAAACAGCAUGACAAGGCACAGAACUACGGCUCCCAAUCCCUCACCGCUGCUAAUGAGAUCAGCGAUGAAAAAUGGCAGCUGAACGCCAAUGUGCUCAUAGCACAAGCUGAAUUGAAACUGUGCAACUAUGAAUCCUGUGUGUCUCAUUUUGAGACAGCACUUGACCUAGCAAACCUCCUGCAAGAUCACCCAGCCAGAGAUGCUAUUAAGAAGGCCCUGUCUGAGGCGAAGGACCAUACAACACAAUGAACUGCUGAGGCGAAGUCUGUCAAUGAAAUCCGUCAAAUAAAACAUGCACAUAUA